CCUUGUUGUCGUGCCGGCGGAAGUUGCCGGACGUGUGUCGCGUGUGUGUCGAGCAGGUCGGUGUGUGUGCUGUGGAGGCUGAGGUGUCACAAACUGAAGCUCGCGCUAUGGCCAGUGCCGAGCAGGUGGAAGCAGUUGGACAGGUUCUGGUGGACACAGGACACGACCUGGCGCGGCGGUUCAGAGCCUUAUUCACCCUGAAGAACCUUGGAGGUGCUGAAGCCAUAGAAUGGAUCAGUAAGGCCUUUACUGAUGAGUCUGCCCUACUGAAGCAUGAGCUGGCCUACUGCCUGGGACAGAUGCAGGACAGACGAGCCAUACCCGCUUUGACCGCUGUGCUCAAAGAUACACAGCAGGAGCCCAUGGUUAGGCAUGAAGCAGGGGAGGCUCUGGGAGCAAUUGGUGAUCCUGUGAUUCUGGACCUGCUGAAGGAGUACAGUCAGGAUCCUGUCAUAGAGGUUGCAGAGACAUGUCAGUUGGCUGUCCGUCGUUUGGAGUGGCUGCAGACUGGAGGGGAGAAACAGUUGGAUGAUGGAAGUACAGAUAAGAACCCCUACUGCUCUGUAGACCCUGCUCCUCCAGCAGCGAGGAAGAGCGUGUCAGAGCUACGCUCCAGCCUGUUGGACGAGAGUCUGCCGCUCUUUGAACGCUACCGCGCCAUGUUUGCCCUGCGUAACCUUGGCAACGAGGAGGCUGCACUGGCACUUGGAGACGGCCUGCAGUGCUCCAGUGCUCUGUUCCGUCACGAGAUCGGUUAUGUCCUGGGUCAGAUGCAGCACCCGGCAGCAGUCCCAGCCUUACGUGCAGCUCUCGAGCGUUCUGGCGAGAACCCCAUGGUCCGACACGAGGCAGCAGAGGCUCUCGGCUCCAUCGGCAAAGAGGAGUGUCUGGCUGUGCUGCAGCGUUACCGCGACGAUGGAGAACGCGUUGUCAAGGAGAGCUGUGUGGUCGCUCUGGAUAUGCUGGAGUAUGAAAACAGUGACCAAUUCCAGUAUGCAGAUGGACUGGUCCGGUUACAGGGUUAAAGGUCAAAUAACACUUUCACUCUCUGCACUAAUGCUUUACCUUAUACAGCAGACACAGCUGGACAACUCACUGCUAUGUCGGUACAACUGUUGGAUCCUCUGAUGGAGUUGGCGGUAUAAACUCAGCGCAUCCGAUGAAAACUGGAACUGUAAAAGCCCAAACAAGCCAGAUGAGUUGGUGAGCUGCAGGAGGGAGCUCUUGGCUUCUGGCUGUGUGGGUGUUGCUGUAUAAGAGGACAGGGAGGAGCAGAGUCCUUUGUGUCCUUUCUUAUCUAUGUGUUAUCUGCCUUUUUCCCACUCACCACUGACAGUAACACACGGCAUACUGAGUCUGUAUUUGUGGAGUAUCUGACAGCUCAGGGCUGAUUUUACAACUUCCCCUGGAAGUGUGCUGUAUACUUAUUUUCCGCUAUUAUUUGGAGUUUAGUGGAAACUGAUGUGAUUUUUUUUAUUCCUGUGCAGGGGGAUUUCUUUGUUCACUCUGUCAAAUGGUUUUAAAUUUAAGCAUUGGUUCUGAUCUGGGCUGCACUCCAGUUUAUCAGACCUGAUGUCAGUUAAUUCUGCUAUAACAACAAUAAAACAAGAAAACAACACUUGUUUUUGCUCCCAUUUCACCACAAUAAAAGAUCUCAGACUUCUUCUCUGCAAACAA